UUCAAACAACAGAACUAUUCAAAUAGUUGAAACGUUUCAGGUCAAAAUAAUAAAAAACUACGGCUCGCGAGAUAUUUCAAAUGUUUUUGUACGAAACGUUUUAGUUUUGAUACCGAAAAGGUCUCGCAACCUAAUCCUUUUUUAUGCAGAAUUAAGCUGCCCAGAAGGAAUAGUUUCACGGAGAAAAUACAAGCAUCACCGCGUUUUAGAAAAGACAGUAUUUAUGUGAAGCGAAUAGAAAUGACAAAACGAAUGUGCCAUAUCGACUGAACAGCGAAAGAGACAGAGAACACAUGGCGCGUGAUAUAGCUGGCAUAAAUUUAUUGAAAGUUUAGCAGAACGAUCGAUCGUUUUUGUCGUGAUGCAUAAACCGCUUCGCAUGAUCGAAAUUGCUACAAACAUCCAUGAGAAACGGCAAUAGCUGUCGAUACGAAUAGUCUCCGAUAGUAGUUCUUGCUUAUAAUUAUACCCAUUUAGUAGGAAACAGAAAUUAAUUCUAUCCUGAAUCGCUUCGACAAACACAAUAGAACAAUAAGGUUAGUUGAAUGGUUUGAUUCCUUUGACCCGAAAAUGCACCGCUAGUGAACCAUCCAGUGAACCGAACCGAGGCACAACGUUUAUUACUACGUGGUUUUGACAAACCGAACAAUGGAAAUUGUCGAAACGGCUCGCUCAUAUUUUUCAUUCCUUUCUUACAUGUUUAUUGUUAACGGCGUCAGCUUUUGUUAAAAUGGAUCUAUAGUUUCGCGACGGAACGACAAUGAACGUAUUAUCUAUUUAUGGGGUUAAACUGUUUAAUUAGUGCCGUUAGCUGCUUUUCACUUAAAUGUUCCAGCGCAGAGCUAUUAAAAAGAUAAACGAGUCGAAACGGUCCCUUCAUUACUCGGGAAUAUUGAAGAGAAAUCAAAAUUCCGCCUUAAUAUUACCAAUGUAUGCGAGGAUCUUUGACCCACUUUUGGCUUAUGUCCAAAGGAGCAGCGUGGGUGGAAUAGAAUGAAAAUAAAGGAGCCUUGAAUGGAAGAAGCAGGUCGUCUCGGCGCCAAACGCAUCGAUUUCGAAACAACCACUCUGCUCGAUCUUCAUUGGGUCAUUAAACUUUAUAACGUUGAGAACCACGUGAAUUGAUACAGACCUCUUCAUCCGUUUACUUUACGAAGACUCGAAGACAGAGGGUGUCGUAAAAGUUGUUCCUUGAAUUACCCUUAAUCCCCUCCACUCUUGUAGGACGUGUUCCUUUAAAAUGCCCUCCGCUUUAGCAGUCUCUUUAGAAUUAAUGAGACACCGUUCGGUACACUCGAGUAAUUUCUCUCGUCGUAUUCUCUUUGUAUUCAAAACUCGCGAAAAUUCCACCUCGCGCGUAUACCAUGUUUCAUUGGAUGAAACAUCGUCAAAUAAUCGAAAUGAAAAAUGGGAUGUCGACCGCCUCCCUUUCUUCGACGACCGAUCUCGAAGUUUCGUUACACGUUGAUUCCGAAGAAUCUUUCGUCAAGAAAUUCUUCGACGUCUCCGCGAAGAAGAAACAAAUCUCGAGAAGACUGAUCUCGGUAUUUCAAAAGAAAUCGAAAGAAAUUUCCACGAACAAAAAGAAGAAUCAAUCGUCGGACAGCCUUUUGGACGAUUCCACGAAUAGUCUUCUGAACGAUUCCACGGAUAAGAUCGAGGAUAGUUUCAGGGAGGAAGAAACAAAGUUGUCGGUUGGUAGAAAAUCAACGAACAAACUUUCGUUCUUAAAACACAAGAGAAUAUCGUUCAGAAAGAAGUCGUCCAACAAUCACGAGAAGAAGUAUCUGCAAAUUUCCGGUUCGAGCAGGGAAGUCGCUUUCAACGAAGAUGAUAUUGUGGUCGUGUCUUCGCCGAUUAUAAAAGCCGAGAAUCCAUUGCAAGCGUCAUCGAAAUUGGAGAACAACGGAGUGAUCGUUCGAAGAAAACCGAUGUCGUUGUCUUUCAACGAUCCUGGAAGCAUUUCGAUCGAGGGUUCUCCGUCUCCGGACGACAAAUCGUCUUUCUUCCAUGAUUCUGGUAUAUGCGGAACCGAAAGUGACUCGCUUAGCGACGAAACGGAUGUUUUGGAAGAAGCAAAGAGUUUAAAAAUCGAUCGCUCUUCGGACUGCAUAAAAAUCUGCGACAAAUGUACCACCAGACAUCGAGAACGGGAGUGUAUCGCUGCUACGGGAUUAGAAGUGGAGAAUAAAAGUCAGUCCGCGAAUUGCGUCGCAAGUCUCAUGAAAUCUCCGAUAGAAACUGGCGAAUGUUUCGUAGACGGGGCGAACGAUUCUGGAAAUUUUCAUUCGAGCAAAUUUGAUCGGUUGAAAAGCGUCAUCAAGAAAAACGAGGAGUCAAGAUCGAUCGGAAGCAAUAACUGGAGGAGAAGAAAUUCCUGGAUGUCGAAAUCGGCCGUUGAUUUAUGCAGCGAGGAUUCUAUCCGUUAUUUGAACGAAGUAACAGAAUUUAUUAGUUUAGAUGAUUUUCUUUGCUCCGGGUUGUUAGUGGACAGUGAAAAUUGCGGAAAAAAGUGCGGUGCAUCUGUCGAGGACGCGAACACGGAAGUUUCGGACGAAAAGACUGAAGUGCAGACAGUUUCUCUUCAAAUUGGUUGCGAGAAUGACGGAGAGAGUGAUUCGGAUAAUUAUAACGCGUCGUAUGUUAUUACUAUGUAUGUAUAACGAAUGUGGAAUGAUGCGAUAGUUUUCUUACGACAAUGUUCGGCUCCACGAUGUACGGAGAUUAGACAGUUUUGUAUUGUACAUAAUUCAAAUGUAAUGUAAAAUAGUUAUGCGAUAUGGGAACAUGUUUGGACGAAGUAAACUAAUUUUAUGAUAAAGUUGACGUAACGCGUGAUUUUGACACGGUCGUAAUGACCAAUAAAAUUAUUCGAAAAAAUGUAAAUGUCUAGAAAAUGUAAUUGAAAUACUGUAAAAGGGAUUAAAUGCAAUAAAUCAGUUGAAACAAUUUCGAUGUGUCGGUAGUUAUCGAGAAGAUUAGUCGCGGAA